AUUUCAUUAACUUCAAAUGCCAAUAAAUUAAUUUAAGAGUACCCUUUCAUCUCUCACUUGGUUGUCAAUUGUCAAUAAUUUUUACACUCUCCUUCAACUCAUCGCUCUGAGCUUUACCCAAAAAAAAAAAAAAAACAAACAAAAAAAAAAAAAAACUCAUAGCUCUGAGUUCAGAUCAGAUAUCUCACAAGUCAAUCCUAUGGCUGAAAAGGUUGUGAUAAUGGUGUUGAAGGUAGAUCUUCAGUGCCCUAAAUGCUUCAAGAAGGUCAAGAAAGUACUCGGAAAAUUUCCACGAGAAAUACGAGACCAGAAAUAUGAUGAAAAGCAAAAUACGGUGACUAUCGAGGUCAUGUACUGCUGCAGUCCGGAGAGGUUUCGUGACAAGUUGUGUUGGAAGGGUGGCAGAACAAUCAAGAGUAUUGAGAUCAAAGAGCCCCCAAAGCCCAAACCAGCUGCUCCGAAAGCUGACCCACCUAAACCAGUUGACAAUAAAAAGGUGGUCACCUUCAAAGAGCCACCCAAACCAGUGGAACCGGUUCCCAAGUUAGUUGGACCGGUUCACGUGCCUGUACCGGUAACAGCCUACCCUUGGUAUGAUGAUCCGUGCGGAUGGCCGCCACCACCUCCUCCACCAGGUUUUGAUUAUUAUGGAAACGCAUACUACAAUGAUGGUUCUGGACCUGGUUAUGGAAGACCAUGUCAAGUGGUGGUUAUGGAGGAUCCACCAGCAUGCACAAUCAUGUAAAGGGUAGUAUAGUCAAUCCCAUUGGUUUUGAGAUCCUAGUCAACAUUAGACGGCUUGACCUUGUUUGUCAUAAUUACCAAAUUAUUUACUUUUUUUUUUUCUUUUUUUUUUUUUUCUGUGUGCGUGUGUGUGUAUUGUAUAAAUUUUGGCUGAGCAUAAUUAUAUUCUAUGGCCUGCUGUCUUAAUAAGCUGCCAACUAUAUCCUUCACAAA